AUGAUCGUUUUGGACGACGAAGAGGACCAGUCUCUCCAGAAGUUGCGCGAGGAUCGCGCCAGUGCCGUCGCGGGGCCAUCAACUUCUCUGCCGAGACCGAUACCUUCAGCCUCGACGCGCUUGUUGGACCCGCGUCCAACCGGCGAGCCCGACCUUGAGGCUCCUCCAGCGUAUCCUGGGACAGGAUAUCAGACAUUCCCGCAACCGCCUCCUCGCCCUUCGCCUUCAUCGCAGGACUCUUUACCGCCUCCCGCAAGCGCCGAAGGCAAGCGCCCGGAGACUGACACCCGGCGCCGCUUCGUCAAGGCGGUCAUCAUAGCGCUGAUCAUAUACGCGCUGGGAACUGUGCUAUGGGCGCUCUUUACUGGCCAUCGCGGAGACGACUCUUGGGAAGGACGGGAAUGGCCGAAACCGCCCGAGGGUCGUUACGAGGUCCAACAGUGCUCUACGUAUUAUCAAUUCGCCAAAGAAGACUUUCUGCUCGUGAAGCCGCUUCCUGACGCCCAAGAGGGCACCUUCUUCGUCACACUGGGUGACCAGGUGGCAGGUUCUGUGCACUUUGUGUACGACGAGUCAUUGAGGGAAGCCGAGGCGCAUAUUCAAGCGUUUGAUCUCGACGUGGAUCAGCAAGAACUGAUCGCGCGCACGAAAAUAUGCUCGCUUCAGAAUGGGAAGACCCAGGGUUUGGGCAUCUCGACACCGGCAAAGCGCAUCGGUUCAAGGGCGCUGAACGUGAACGUGACAUUGGCUCUUCCUUAUGCGACCUCAAGCUAUGGCCGCCAGCGGCACCUGAAAUCACUGACUUCCAACGCGCGGAACUUCAAACAUACGCUUUACCUCCCCCAAGAUCGUUAUUUCGUGGAGAACGUCGACUUCAGAACCACGAACCAAUACAUCAUCUCCGGAAGCAUAGUCGCCGACUCUGUUUCCUUCCAGACCACCAAUGCUCUCAUCGGCGGCGAAUUUGCCGUAAACAAGUUACUCAGCCUGAAAACUUCGAACGGCCGCAUCGAACCCAAGGUCGUCGCGAAGAAUGAUCCCAGGCGCACGAAUGAAGAGACAAAGAUCAUCUUCACCUCUUCAAACAGCCCGAUUGAGGGUCGCCUGGACCUCCUGUCGGCCGCGCCCAAUGGCAAAGGCGGGAAGUUCCGCGUCGAGGCGAAGACUACCAACAGCCCGGUGGUGCUCACGAACGAGCAAUUAUCCUUGGACGCUGUGUUAACGCUCAAGGCGCGCACCGAGAAUUCUCCUGUCAACGUCCAUGUAGCUCCCGCCUUUGAAGGGACCUUUGACCUCUCAACGACGAACAACGCCAUGGUCGUGGAACAAGAGAAUAAGGUGGACCCAGCACAUCGUAGUCGGCAGCGCAAGAUCUCUAUCGAGCGUCACGAUAGGAGAUAUACGGGGUACGCGUCGUGGUCGAAGGAUGAGGCGGAGCGCGGGAAUGGAGCGAUUUCUAUUGCUUCUAUGAAUGGGCCUGUCAGUUUGUACCUAUAG